AUGUCUGUGCAGGCAGGACUCCCAAAAAUGUCCUACGAAGAAUUCAAAUCUCGACUGAUGGAUGUCAAGUAUUUGAAAAAACCAGAAAAAUCCGAGAGAGCAAAAGAACUUGUCCUCGACGGAGAGAUUCCAGAAAGUUUUGAUGCUCGACAGAAGUGGCCGCAGUGCAACUCAAUCAGCCUGAUUCGGGAUCAAGCUAAUUGUGGUAAAAACACCAAAAACGUACGUCUAACAUUGCAUCAAAAUCAUGUCUAG